AUGCUUCUGAAAGAAAAUCUUUUCGGUGAUCGUUACAUUAACAGAAUUGCUUUAUAUGAAAAUGAAAAUGAAGAACUGAAAAGAGAUAACCAGAUUCUAAUAAAUGAGAAUGAACGUCUGAAGAAUGAAAAUGAACAUUUGGGGGAAAAGAAUCGGCGAAUAAUUAGCGAAAAUGAAAAAAUAAAAGGAGAGAAGCAGAGCCUAAUAAAUGUGAAUGAACACCUGAUGGAUGAGAAUAAAAAUUUGAAGCAGCAAAUGAUUGAUAAUAGAAAAAGGGGGAGUGCAAAAAUUAUUGAGAAAAUUAAAUCCCUAUCUAAACAUAAUAAUAAACAAACGAUGAUAAUGAAUUUGUAG